AUGUCCAUGCACCUCAAGAAGAAGAACCCACCGGACCAUCCGUCGGAGGAAGAAGUUGAAGCGGACGAGGACGAGCUGCUGGGAGCUGCGGGUCCUCUGCCUCCGGCUGCUGCUCUCCUCGACGCCGCUCAUCGCCGACAGGCUGGAGAAGCGACGUCCUCGACUGCGGACGAGGGAUGGCGGCGACUGGCGGAGCACAUCGAGUCGCUCCGCGCGAUUUUUCUGAAUCUGGUGACGGUGGUCGUAUCCUCAGCGGCCCUUGGUCGGUCGUGUGGUUUUCAACCAAGUGCCAAUGACCAGGAUUUUCAGUGGGAAUCGACGUCCGCCAUUGCUCCUGCCGCGCGGGGAGAGGCCUACAUCAUGGGCGGGGCUGCUGCGAUGGAGCCGCCGGACGCCAUCUUGGGCACCGAUUUCUUGCGCCGCGUGCCAGUUAAGAUACUCGUCGACCAAGGUUGCUUAGAAAUGCCAGGGGGCCGUAGGAUGUCGUUCCUGCCUUCCCUGCUGGGCCGUUCACCCCCGGUCAACACUGUGGAGUCCUUCCGCUUCCUGGGCACUAUCCUCUCCCAGGACCUCAAGUGGGAACUGAACAUCAGCUCCCUAAUAAAGAUAGCACAACAGAGGAUGUACUUCCUACGGCAGCUGAAGAAAUUCGACCUGCCAAAGACAAUGAUGGGGCUGCCCAACAGCAGGAGGCCAGCACCGUCUACCACAGUAGCAAUAUCUCUCUUCUGGCUCGUCUCGUGCUUCGCCUUAAUCGGCGCCGCCUUCGGGUGCGGUGUCCCGGCCAUCAAGCCGGUCAUCACCGGCUACUCCCGCAUCGUCAACGGCGAGAAUGCGGUGUCGGGCUCCUGGCCCUGGCAGGUGUCCCUGCAGGAUUCCACCACAUGGCACUAUUGUGGUGGCUCCCUCAUCGACCCCUCGUGGGUGGUGACCGCUGCCCACUGCGAGUUCAACCCGUCCCGUGACCGCGUCGUCCUGGGCGAGCACGACAGGAACUCCAACGCCGAGAACAUCCAGUCUCUUGUCGUCUCUAAGGCCAUCACUCACCAGCAGUGGGACUCCUACAACAUCAACAACGACAUCAUGUUGCUGAAGCUGGCUCAGCCCGCUCAGAUCGUGGCCCGUGUCUUUCCCGUCUGCCUGCCCGCCGCCUCGGAUGUCUUCGAAGAUAACAUGAUGUGUGUCACCUCUGGCUGGGGCAAGGUCCGCUCUUCCGCCUUCAACACGCCUCCCAUCCUGCAGCAGACCGCUCUGCCCAUUGUGCCUACUCCCAUCUGCCAGCAGAAGUGGGGCACCGUGAACGUCAUCACCAGUGUCAUGAUCUGCGCUGGUGGUGCUGGAGCCAGCUCUUGCAUGGGCGACUCUGGCGGCCCCCUGGUGUGCGAGAAGAACGGCGUGUGGUACCUCGUGGGGAUCGUGUCGUGGGGCAGCAGCUCGUGCUCCACCAGCAUGCCGGCCGUGUACGCGCGCGUCACCGCCCUGCGAAGCUGGAUAGACCAGACCAUGGCUGCCAACUAGACACACUGAUGGGCAACGAUUCAGUAAUUGCUUUCAAUUGGUCGCAUUGGAUUCGUGAUUGUGAAGACCUUGGAUAUUGUACGAAUCCAUUUGUUAAUGACAUGUUUUAUCAUUAAUACAAUUGUUGACCAAUAU